GCGUUUCCAGAAAACGAGCAUUGAUCUUCCGGUCGGGGCAGUAAUUCGAGCAUUCUCUUCAGUAUUAUAUGGACUUUUUCUCAAGAUCUUAAAGGGGCAAUAAUAAUUUAAUCAAUCAUGAUACUAAGCACUGUAAGUGGCAUUCUUACAGUAAGGAUUAUUCUCGCGAUCAUGGUUCAGCCUGUUGAGAACACGGUGUACACUCUGCCAUACACACCAGACUCUGCUGAAGACUGUCGCAACAAAACAGCUGAAUACUAUAACAUAGAUAUAAACCUGUGCUGCAGCAAGUGUGCUCCUGGGACACGCCGGAAGAAUGUAUGCAGCACUACCUCAGACACAGAGUGUGAACCAUGUCCCAGUGGCCAAUACAGUGGGACCUUCAAUUACUUCCCAAAAUGCUUCAGAUGUCACAAGUGUUCCGAAGACAAAGGCCUGCAGUAUGCCCAGAAUUGCUCCAGCAUCACCAAAGCCCAGUGUGUGUGUCAGACUGGGAUGUUCUGCAUAAUGGAUCAGCACCCAAACUGUAAGGAGUGUGUCAGUUAUACACACUGCAAACCUGGCCAUGGUGUCUCCAUAGAAGGGACAACAGAGUCAGAUGUGAACUGUGCACCAUGCCCUGAUGGAACCUUCUCUGACCAGCACUCCUACACCCAGACCUGCCAGCACCACACAGACUGUGUUUCUCAGAGAAGGGGUGUACUAACUUAUGGUACCACCACCUCAAAUGCGGUGUGUGGACCUAAGGUUAGCCCACCGGCCAGCCCACCGACCACAAUGCCUACCUCUGGUACAAGGCAUACCACACCAAGUCUACAGAGCCUGCAUAAUGAGGACAAAUCACCAGGCUUUGACCUUCGUAUAGUUGCAGGCGUUAUCGGAGGUGUUAUCGGAGGUGUUAUCCUGCUGCUGAUCAUAAGCACAAUCAUUUACAAGAAGGCCUUCACAGGGUCCAGGCUUGUAUCUUCUACAGAACAUGUAAAUGGAAAUUGUGAGGCCAUUAAAUUUGAUUGUGAUGGACCAAUGAUUCUUCAGAACAGUUCAUUCAUUACCAGCUAUCAGGAACAGCAGCAAUGUCUGCUGGGAAAGGGAAACUGCAUAUAUCCCAGUCAGGCAGAGAACCAGCAGGAUGCUAGAAGGACCAGGGUGUUAGGGUGCUCCAACAUCCUCGAGGGCCUGUCAAUAGGCCCCCUCCAGUCCACCCCUCCACCAUCCAGCACCCAGUCCAGCACCAACCAACCCAGCCCUCAACCCAUCAGCCCCCAGCCUAUCAGUCCCCUGCCAUCUAGCCCCCUAGUUAAUGUCAACAUCACUGUUAACUACCCUAUAGGAAAUGGGUCAUGCUCCACACCUACCAGCACCCACAUAGACUCAUCCCAGGCUGACUCUGAGCUCCCUCUAUCAAGGGAGGAGGAGGUGUAUGUCAAUAUGCCACAGCAAGAGGGCGGAAAAGAGGCACUUACGGCAAUACAGGAGAGUGGAAAUGAUGUUUGAGGACUGGCAGCAGUUAGGGCAGCACCAGACAAUAGAUUUGGUUUUAAUUAUGUUUUUUCACACUAGUUGUUGUCUCUGUUUUUAUAUGAAUGCUACUGAAGUUCUGUUGCUGACUUUGAAUUGGUGGAGAGAGACUGCACAGAAUGACGAUUCAUGUGCCUCAGGCAUGGACUUGUCAUAAUGUACUGUGCUGUGCUGGAAAGCCUUGAGCACCUGAAUAUAUUGUCAAUGACUGUUCAAAGAAUGAUUGAUAUGUGAAUGAUGUAUGUAAUUAUUGUGAAUGUUGUAAAUAUACACUGAACAAAAAUAUAAACGCAACAAUUUCAAAGAUUU